AUGGCAACAGAUCCCUCCCCAUUAAGUUCGACCCCAGUACCGCCUAUAUCCGCAGUUCUAACAGCAAUCAUAAUUGUUUUCCUUUUCCUAGCUUUCUUCCUUAUAUACUUCUGCAGGUGUUUCAUUCAAGACCCAUUGCAAAUCCAAGGAACACCCUCUGGCAAUGUCAUUGGCGCAGCUGCUAAAACUGGCCUUGAUCCUUCUUUAAUGCAGUCAUUUCCAACAUUUUUAUAUUCAAGUGUCAAACAUUUCCACAAAGAGGAAUACGCUCUAGAAUGUGCAAUUUGCUUGUUGGAGUUUGAGGAUGAUAGUUUGCUUCGCCUUUUGCCGGUUUGUUACCAUGUUUUUCAUCAAGAAUGCAUCGACGUUUGGCUUGAAUCUCACAAAACGUGCCCGGUUUGUCGCAGGGACCUUGAUUUGCCACCGGACUCGUUGGAUAAAUAUUCUAAGGAGCUCAUUUAUAACCUCAAUCACAUGCAUGAUAGUCAUCAUGAAAAUAAUAAUCAGUCAUUAGAACAUGUUGUACGCAUUGAUAUCAAAGAAGAUGAACAUGGUGGAGAAAGCCAAGAUGAACAUGCUUUAAAGAGGAAACAAAUGGAUGAAGAUAAAAAAGUGGAAAUAAUUGCAAGGUCACACACAACAGGGCAUUCUCUAGUUAAAACAAGAGAAGAGGAGGAUUGCGUGGAUAGGUAUAAACUGAGAUUGCCAAAGCAUGUAAAGGAAAGACUUAUAAAAGGACACAAACUCGCACAAAGUUGUAAAACAUUUGGGUAAUUCUCAAAACAUACAGCACCAAACAAUGGAUGACUUGGCGAGAUGUGGGAGUCCGGCGAAAACUUCAACAAUGCUUAAUUUUUAGUAUUUGUGUUUUCUUAAUUUUUCUCUCCUUACAUAAACUUCGAUUUUGUAACAUUGGCUUUACAUU